AUGACUUCUUUGAAUGAAUCUACUGAAAUUCAAAGAAUCAUUGACGCUGAUAAAGAGAUAAUUAUGUUUGCCAACUGGAUGCCUAUAACAGGCAACAUUACAAAAGGCGAUGGAUUACUUAUAAUUUCAGAUAUAGCAAUGUAUGUUAUGCAAUAUGAUACUCAAUGCCAGUUGAUUUCUAGAGCGAAAGAGUACAUUGUGUCCACCGAAUCAGUUACAUUUCAAGAACCAGAUUCAUUGAAUUUCACAUUUCCUAAUGAUCGUCAAAUAAUAUUGAAAUUCCCAUAUCCAAAGGAUAUCAUGAGCAUAUUUAUUACACAAUUAUGGCAAAUCUCUAUCCAAAAUGAAUUCCCUCAAAUUUCUGAAUCUCUUUCUAUCUCUUUCAAGCAGUUUCACCCCAAAAUUAACAUAGCCAAGCGUUUUUAUGCUAAAUCCCUUACUAAGAAUCGCACAAUUUCAACAGAACUUUAUAAAAAUAUACUUCAUUAUUUUGAAUCAAAGCCAAAUACAGUAGUUAUAUCGGAAAUCAAUGGAGUAGAGAAUUUCAUUGAUGUUUUGCUCUUUGCGAUAUAUCCAUUUGAUUAUAUUAAAAAACUUGUGAUAGAUGGAGAAACAACGAACUCCUACUUCAGAAAUAUAUCACAAAACUCCGAGUAUCUAGCUAAUAUACGUACCCUUGUCAUUUCCGCUACUCCAGAUGAGUAUUUCCCAAAUUGUAUGCAAAGUUUAUCAAAUUUGACCAUAGAAAGGAUCGAAUUCAGAGGUCUUGCAAUCGGAAAAGAGCAUCUUGAUGCAAUCUCAUCAUACUAUCUUAACAGCAAGUGCCAAUUCAUCAAUUUUGAAAGAAUUUCAUUUGAUUGUCGAGAAACAGAAGUAAAUCAGUUCUUUACAACACUUUCAUCUGCAAGUAGUAAUAGAAUUAUCGGUCUUACAACCGUCAGAAUGGACAAACGCGAUGAAUUACUCAAUACUUUCAUGAGAUUGAAGCAUUUAUACCUCAGAGGUACAGGACUCAAUCUUUCCAAGAUAUUUAAGAGCUUGCAAGGCACAAAUAUCGUCACAGCUGACCUUUCCGGAAGCAGAUGUCGAAAAUUACUUGAUCCAUCGAUAAAACUUCCAUCAAAGCUUUCGAAAUUGAUUGUAAAUGAGAUAUCAUGGACAAAUAGAUCGUUGUUGGCCCUUUUCACCAUGGUUGACAACCUUUCUUCCCAAAUUUCUCUUUCAAUUUCGCACGCAACGAUGACAAAAGACCAUUGGACGUCAUUUUUCGGCGAAAAGGUAUCAAUGAAGAACAUCCAAGCCUUCACUUGGAACGACAAUCCAAUAAAUCAAGCUUUUGUCAAGAAUAUCUGCAAAUCUCAAGUGAAAUACCUCUCCGUUGGAGGAAAUCUCGAAGGAGGGUCAGCAAAUGACUUCUUCCAGUGCAGUAACAAUAUCGAAUUCCUUGAUAUUUCCGGAUAUGGAGAUAAAAAAGUUUGUAACUCUGUAAUUGAAACUGUUAUAUCAGCUGCGAAGUCAAAACGUGUUAAAUACAUUGAUUUCUCGGGUAACAAUAUAGGAGAUUCGAAGUUUGGAACUUUAAUUCCUUUCAUUUCCAGAUUUGAUGGAUUUUUGAUGGACAAAAAUUCAAUUUUAGAUCCGAAAUCAUAUUCACAGCUCCAAACAGAGUUCCAAAAGAGGCAAAUGCAAAUUCCAACCAUUGCUCCAAUGUUUGAUUACUACAAAUCACCGAAAGGAGUUCUCGGAAAGGUUCCAGAUUUCAAGGGUAAGUUCCAUUUGAAGUUCGAAACAAGAAGUUUCCCUGAGCAAUCAAGUGUUGCUGCAGCAGAUUUCAAAGAUCGGAUAAAGUCAGAGAAUAAGACAGGAGUUAUCGAGGACGCGAAGUCAGUUAUGAUGAUUCCAGCACCUUUAUCAGAUUAUAUGCCUCUUGUGAAGGAAAGAGAGCUAAGAUUGGAAGAUGAUCCAGUCGAAACUGAUAAAUGGGCUUUGGAUCUUGUAGAAAUACCUGCUAACGAAUUUGACAAACUCAAAUCAUCUAUAAUGGCUGAACUUAACUUCGAUAAUCUCAAAAAGAACCUCAUGGAAAUCGCUCAAUAA